AUGUCAGGUGAUUCAAGUUCCGAAGAAUCAAGCUCUCAAGACGAAUACCAGCAUGACGAUUUUGUCGUCCCCGACGACCUAGCUGAAGAAGAAGAAAUUAUCGCUAAGCCUAAGAAGGUCAAAAAAACUGUCAAACGUCGCAGAAUCAAAAAAAUCAGUGACCUUGAUGAAGAAGACCGAGAGCUCGUUGAAGAAAACUUAGGCCGUGGACUCACAAUAAAGGCCACAUCCCGUGAGGAACUUGACGAAGGGCUCUUUGGCAGAGACGCUCCACACAAGAUAAGGAAACUUGUAGAAGAAGACUCUGAGAGUGAUAUGUCACUAGACGAAGCAGAGGGGGCUGAACAAUUUGGGGAAAGUGUUGAACUCGCUGCAAGUAUUUUUGGGUAUCAGUCAGAAAUAAAAGAAAAAGAGUCAAAACCCAUUGUCUAUGAGCCUCAUGAAAUAGUUGGGCAGUUCAAUACUCCAGAAGCUAGGGCAAUUAGAGAUCUUGACAUCCCUGAAAGGCUUCAAAUAACUUUGAGAAAUAGAGAACACCCUAGUGAGCAUGAGCUCAGCUUGGAGGCUGACUGACUUCUUCAGAAAUUGCUGCACAAAAAGCCUUCAGAAAAUCCGCUCCCUAUUAAAGAAAAAAUCUGUGCAUUUUUAAAAUAUUAUAGAGUCGACUAUUUUGAAGUGCCCUUUAUAUACAGGUAUAGGAUGAAUAUGCUUAGACCUGAGCUAGAGUCAGACAGCGAGCUAUGGGAUCUUUAUAACUGGGACAAAGAGUGGGGGUUCAUGUAUUCCACUAAACAAAAUUUGGCAAAAAUCUUGAAAUCAGCAAGCCAAAAUGCAAUUGCUUUAGAAAGAGGGGAAACUUUAAACCCUGGGGACAGAGUGCUAUUAUCAGAAGCAGGCACGUUGCCUGACUAUAUUAACAACUUGCUUAGUUCCCAUUCUACUACUGAGUACCUGCUUGAAAUAAAUGAUUUGGAAGCCUACAUCAAAAUUUACGUCUAUGAAUUUGAUCCAAAAUCUCACAACCCUAUUGUAAAAGCCCGCAGAAAUAAGCUAACCGAUUUUACUUCAAAAGCUGGCUUAACACCUAUUCAGCUUCUUGAAAACGUAAACGCUCGUCAACAAAUCUACAUCCCUCAGCUGCCUGAAUCCCGACCCCAAGACCUUGCAUUUGAAAUUUUAAGCAACGUUUACCAUGAAGAAAUCCAAGUCAUCAACAAUGCUUGCACCCUCAUGAAAUCUGAACUAUCAGGAUUCCCCUCUUUUCGUGUCUUUGUCAGAGAAGAAUACAAAAAAUUCGUCAGGAUUUACACAUCUCCAACAGAAAAAGGGAAAACUGCCUUAGAUAUAUUCAGCCCAUACUACAGGGUUAAAAAUUUUGCAGAAGGCAAAAGCUUAAGCACUUGGACAUCUGAGCUGUGGGCUUUGGCAAUAAAAAGUGAGGCGUUAGGACUGAUUAAAAUUGAGUUCAAAUUGCCUUGGAAUGAUGCAAAAGAUGAUAAAAUUUUGGCAAUGUUGACACCGUUUUAUACAACUGAUGGGACUGAAGAAGCUGAGCUGGAGUGGAACCAAUUUCGAUAUGAAGUUUUGAGGCAAAGCUUAAACCAGCUGUAUCAGGAAUUCGAGCAGUCUUUUUGGAAGCUUUUUACAGCGAGAAGUGAAGACUGGGUACUGGUAGAAGUGCAGAGAAAGUUUUUUGAUAUUUUAAAUAGACCAAGUUUUGUAGCAGAAGGAGAAGAAGACCCUAGGCCCAAAAUCUGUGCAUUGGUCACUGAUCCAGACUCCAAGAUGUUUGGGCAAACUGCUGUGGUUGUACUAAAACCUAAUGGAGAUGUCGCUGAAAUCGCUAGUUUUUCGACCUUAAAUAUUAGAAAAGUGGAAUUUUUGCAUGAAAGUGACAAAGCCCGCUACAUAUCAGAAAAGAAACAAAUCAUCAGACUUCUUCUUGAACACCAACCACAUGUAGUCGUAAUAGGCGCUAACUGUUUGCAAAGCUUAAACCUACGAAAAUCUAUAGGAACCUUGCUAGAAAACUUAACAAUUGAUACAUUUAAUGAGACAGAAAUUGGCUUUGAUGUAGACAGAGCUCAGCUAUUUUCAAAGGCCCCAUUCCUCGCUAUGGAAGAUACAAUGAUCCCUCUUCUAUUUGCAACCUCAGAAAGGUCUAAAAAACUGUGUGAAACCUACAAUAACCUAACAAAAAUGGCGAUUUCACUAGGAAGAUUCAUUCAAAACCCUCGCGCAGAAACUCUUGGACUGUGGAAUGAUCCUAAUGAGCUACAGAUAAAAAAUUUAAACCUGCAUCAUUUACAGUCCUUAGUUAAUGAGUCUAAAAGACUUAUAGGGAUGGAAAUGGUGGCUGUUGACGCAUGCUCACAGUAUGGAAUCAAUGUAAACCAAAUCAUUAAUAAGCCUCAUCUACAAGGUCCUCUAUCAUUUAUUCCAGGUCUUGGCCCAGUAAGAGCUUAUGAUCUUCUUGAAGGAAUCAAAUACCGCUGCAAAGAAAAACUUGCUAUGAGAGCCCAAAUAAUUGGGAAAUGCAUUUUACCCAAGCGAAUCUACGAAAACUGCUGCGCAUUUAUAAAAAUUCCAUUUGAAGAGGGCGAAACUGAGCCUCUAGAUUGUACCCGUAUUCACCCAGAAAACUAUGAGCUCGCCAAAAUUGUUUCAAAAUCAGCUCUCAGUGACGAAAGAAUUAAAGAAGAAAAUUUAAUCCAAGAAAUAAUGCUGGUUCCCCACAAGAUGAGAGAACUUGAUCUUGACGUCUAUGCAAAACUCCAAGCUGACCGUGGCAAAAUGAACCAAAAAGAAAUCUUAGAGUUUAUUGUAGCUGAACUGACCACGCCUUUUGCUAAUCCAAAAAGAGGCUAUAGUGAGCCACCAACUGAUGAUUUAUUUUACCUGACUACUAAAGAAACAAGACAAACCCUUAAAAAAGGCAGUAUCGUGCAAGCUAUGGUUAUUGGGUUUGAGCCUCAGAGGCAGGUGCUAAGAUGUAUGCUAGAAUGUGAAUUAGAAGCCGAAGUUGAAAUUGCUAACAUUAUAGAAGGAAAGACUCCAACAGAAGAAGAGAUAAAUGAAGUGUUUUAUAAAGGCAAAAAACUGACUGCAAGAGUCGUAGAAGUAUCAUCAAGGCUAAAGACUCCUAAAGAGCUGCUUUUCAAAGUAAAGCUCAGCUUAUUGCCUGAAGACGUGCUAAACCAUGGGAAAUAUAUUCAUUUAAAUCUUGAUGAUGCCUUUAUACAAGAUGACAGUGACUGGACUGAACGAGGAGUUAAAGAAGACGAGCAAGUUGUGGGACAAAAAUAUGUCCCAAGGGUCGUGAAUCAUCCAAAAUAUAAAAAUAUUGGCUAUAAGUCUGCUUGUGAUGAAUUAUACAAUAAAGAUAUAGGAGACUAUGUGUUCAGGCCGAGCAGUAGAGGAAUGGACCAUUUGACAUGCACUUGGAAGUUUUAUGACUUUUUAUAUGCACAUCUGGAUAUUGCAGAAGAAGGAAAGCCAGCUGGAAAUAUGUUGGGAACGAGGUUUAAGAUUGGACAAGACACCUAUGAGUCCUUACAAGAAAUAGCUGACAGGUAUAUUGCUCCAUGUGCAAAAAUUGUAAAAGAGUCUAUUUCACAUCCGAAAUUCAAAGACAUCACAUCUGGUAGCAUGAAGUUCUUAGAAAACCUUCUAACUCAAGAAAAAAAGGCAAAACCUACCACAAUUCCUUACUAUUUCUGUGUCUCUCCUCAGUAUCCUCAAUUUUUUAUCUUAACCUAUCUUCCAAAAGAAGAAAUAAUUAGAGAAUAUAUCAAGGUUAAACCAAAAGGUUUAUUUUUCCAUGAAGCCUACCAUCCAAAUAUGACCUUUCUUAUUAGCUGGUUCAAGCGACAUUACUCUGACCGUCUCUACAAAAACCAUCUCGCUCGUUCUAAAGCUCCUAUGAUAGACACUACCAAUUAUCUGGCAAUCCCUGGAAAAGCAGCUGAGCAGCUUAAACAGCCAGUUCUUAAAGAGUCUAAUGAAAACACAGCCCCUAUGACACCACAAAGACCUAAUAAAACUCCAGGCUAUGGCGAUGCUACCCCAUUUGAUAAAACCCCUCAUAUCGGCGCUCAAGAAUGGGCUGGCGGACAAGACCUUACCAAAACCCCCAGAGCUGAUGACUGGGAACUUACCAAAAACUUUGAAAAAUGGGGAACUGAAGAGAAAAAAACUGAAGAAGCUGAAAAAGCUGCAAAGCCGAAAGUAGGCUGGGGCGAAGAAGUCCAAAACUCAUGGACUAUGCCAGCUCCUCCUGUGCCUGAAACUGAUUGAGACAAAAUUGACUCUGCUGAAAGAGGUGGAAGAGGAGGACGUGGACGAGGAAGAGGCUGCUUUAAAUGCGGCCAAGAAGGGCACAUGUCAAAAGAAUGCCCAAACCCUGGGGAAAAUGCUAACAAAAAGCCAAAAGGGUGCUUCAAAUGCGGCCAAGAAGGACAUAUGUCUAAAGAUUGCCCUAACCCUGGAGAAAGCAAGCCAAAAGCCUGCUUUAAAUGUGGGCAAGAAGGCCACAUGUCAAAAGAAUGUCCUAAUCCUGGCGAGAAUAAGCCAAAAGCUUGCUUUAAAUGUGGACAAGAAGGCCAUAUGUCAAGAGAAUGUCCUAACCCAGAUGAAGGAAGAGGCCGUGGGAGAGGUCGUGGAAGAGGAAGAAGAGGCUCAGGAGAAGAAAGAGGAGGCGAAUCAAGUGGAGGAUGGGGAAGCUCUGAUGGAGGAAAUAGUGGAGGAUGGGGAGACAGCUCAAACUCUUCUUCAGGAUGGGGAGAGAGCUCCACAAGUAGCGCAUCAACUGGAUGGGGAGACUCUGGCUCUUCGACCACAAACAAUGCCUCAAUUGGCUGGGGAGAUUCUGGAUCUUCAGCUACAACUAGUAACAGUUCAGGAGGAUGGGGAGGAUCAAGCUCUACUACAAAUAGUAGCUCUGGUGGAUGGGGAGAAUCUGGAACUUCAAAUGCAGCUAGCUCUACAGGCUGGGGAGAACCUCAAGCUUCUAAUACAACUUCAAGCAGUUCAACUGGAUGGGGAGACUCUGGAGCUACAAAGCCAUCAUCUAAUCCUCCAAGCAGUGGGUGGGGAAGCUCAGAAACUCAAGCUGCUCAAACCACAAGCUGGUCAGACACACCUGCAAAUCCUCCUGCGUCUCAAUCCUCCUGGGGUGAAGCUCCACAGCCUUCUUCAACUUCUUCCUCUUGGGAUUCCAAACCAAACCAAUCUUCAUGGGGAUAA